AUGAGUUACGAAGAGCAACAGUUGCAAGAAAUAGAAGCCUUAUCGGCCAUCUAUCCAGAGGAUGAGUUGGAGAUUAUCUCGAACGAGUAUCCUAAUAUUGCUGUUCGAGUUAAUUUGAAAUCCAAUCAGGAAGAAGAUGCUACCGCUCAUGAUUUUGAGCUUUCUUUGUUACUGGAAUUAGGUGGGAACUAUCCUGAUGAACUUCCAGAAGUAUCAGUGGAAGGUUUGGACGGAAUUUUCCCAGAUGAACGUAUUGAAGAGAUUUCAAAUAAACUCGAUGCUGAGGCAGAGAAUUAUAAAGGAAUGGUCAUGGUUUUUUCUAUUGUGAGUGCCAUGCAAGAAGAAAUCGGCAUGUUGAUUGAAGAUUUGCAUAAAAAAGCUGAGCAAGACGCUGACAAAGCUAAACAGGAAGUUGAAGCUAUUUCUCGCAAAAAGUUCGAAGGAACUCAAGUCACUCCUGAAUCGUUCCGUUCUUGGAAGGAGAAAUUUGAUUUGGAGCGUCGAGCUCUAGUGGAGAAGCAAGAGAAGGACAGAGAAGCUGCUUUAGCUGGUAAAUCGACGGGUCGUGAUCUUUUCCUGAAAGACGCAACUCUCAAUUUGUCAGAUGUGGCUUUGAUCGAACAGAGUGUUGAAAUCGAUGAGACAUUGUUUGAUGACGAGGAUUUGGAUGGCCUGGAUUCAGAUGGAUCUGGGAGUGAUUAA